AUGUUCAACAUUAUAAUCAAUGGCAUGGAGAUCAUCUGGAGAACAACUCUUUCAACACUAAUGCUUUUUUUCUUCUUGAGAUAUUUCGAUAACCCUCCAACUCCAUCAAACCCUCUGCUUAUUUUUUUCUUCCUCAGUUUGAUCCUUUUCUUGUUUAUCAUCCAUAGUAAUCGCUUUGUUAAUAAAGAAGCCCAAGAUUUUAAUGUUCUGUGCACGUUUGAAGAAGACAGUACUACGCUUGAUAAUUACACCAUAGACAAGAACAAAGAUUGUUGUUCUCUCACAAAAUAUUGCUAUGGUAAUGAUGUUGAUUUUUUUAGCUAUUAUGGUGGUUUUCAUGAAUUUGAUUAUGAAGGCGAUAUAUGGAAUGAUAAUGAACAUUAUAGCCAGUGGAAUGAAGAUGAUGGUGAUGAUGGUAUUGAAAACCAUGAUGAUGAUGAUCAUGAGCAGGGUGAUGAUGAUGAUGAUACCUUGACGAAUAGGAUUGAAGAUUACAUUGCAAGCGUUUACAGUGGAUGGAGAGCAGAGAAACUGUUUGUUUGAUGUUUUCAUUAAUCUUGUUUUACUUUCGCCCUGUUAUGAAGAAAUUGUUGU